UGUAUGGUUCAACAUCAUGCAGUUGGAGAGAGGAUAAGAUAUAUAGUCUUCUGAAGUCAGUCAAUAUUCCAGAGGCAAAUAAGUUUAUAAAAUCGCAAGUGGAAAUUCGAGAAUGCUGAAUAUGGCUUAAAUCCUCCCGAAGAUGGCUUGUUUCUUCUCAAAUUCUUUAUCACAUGGUUGCAAGAAAUGGCCACAAAACUUGUUCAAUUGGGAUUUCGGCAGCAAGAAGAAUGAUUCAAGGCCACAACCAAAGUACCAUGACAUUCAACUCCCUUUCCCACCUUCCCUAGUUGGCAAAACUUUCUUGAAGGUAGGUAGGGAGCUGAGAUGCUGCUACAAGGCCACUGUUGAUGGCUUUAGUGCAACUGAUUUUCACAACAGCAGUGACUUUAAGGGACCAUGUGUGAUCAUUGGUUACACAAGCAAAUCAUUCAAGUUUGGAGCUUUUAAUCCUGAAGGAUAUAGAAGCACAGAUGACUACUAUGAUACUUUUGAUGCAUUCCUUUUUUAUUGGCGAGAAAAGGAGGAGAAGGAGAGGGAUGGUGAUCCUAUAAUCUUACCUAAAGUAGGAGGUAGUGGUGCUGCCCUUUUCGAUUAUGCUCGAGGAGGGCCACAAUUCGGUGCAGAUGGUCUGCUGAUUGGACCUCCCUUGGCUCCUGUUAUGGGAGGAUUUGCAGGCCCUGAUACCAAUUCAGGGAUUGGUGAUUUGAGGCAAGCUAAGUCCAGACUGGGAUUGUCUUAUGCCAGAAGACAAGAUGGGAAGGAAUCACUGUUUGGAGACGAGUCCAAGGCUAGUCUUGACGAAGUUUUAGUAUUUUGUAGUCCUGAAAUUGCAAGCCUGUACUAAUUCAGGCAGUUUUGUGUUUCAUUCUUGCAACUGCAAUUUGUGAAAAGCAAAAGCUGAGGCAUUUUCUUUCACACAUGGACAAAUAACGCUUAGGAUAAGAUCAUACUAUACUUCCUUUAAGUAUUGAAGCAUGUAAAUCCGGUUCUUCAUUCUCAUUGCCACCCUUUUACAGAUGAUAUGAGAAGCUACAAUCUUCAUGAA